AUUUAUUUUCUGUAGGUGAGAAGUGAGUAAACAGACCUAAUUGGUUUUACUUGUUUAAGAAAUAGGAGUUUCCCAUUGGCAGAGAACUGUUUGCAAUUCUCUUUGUAGGAGGGGCUACAGAACUGUAUAACCUCAAGGCAAAGCUGCUGACUGACCUUAGCGUGAGUUAUACUGUGUACAAGUAGGAAAUCAGGCACGUGGAAACAUGUCUGGAAAACCCAAGCUGCACUACUUCAACGGACGAGGCCGAAUGGAAUCAAUACGUUGGCUACUAGCAGCAGCUGGGGUUGAGUUUGAAGAAUGUUUUCUGGAAACAAAGAAUGAUCUGACAAAGUUACAGAAGGAUGGAUCCCUGCUGUUUCAGCAAGUGCCAAUGGUGGAGAUCGAUGGAAUGAAGAUAGUGCAGAGCAGAGCCAUUAGCAACUACAUUGCAACGAAGUACAACCUCUACGGGAAGGACCUGAAGGAGAGAGCCCUAAUUGAUAUGUAUGUGGAAGCAGUAAUAGAUCUGAACGAGUUACUCAUGACCCAUACUUUCCAACCAGCGGAUAAAAAGGAGCAACAUUUUGCUACUAUUGUGGACAAGGCCACAAACAGAUACUUCCCAGUCUAUGAGAAGGUUUUGAAAGACCAUGGGCAAGACUUUCUUGUUGGCAACCGGCUUAGCAGGGCAGAUGUACAAUUACUUGAAACCCUUUUAAUGGCAGAAGAGUGCAAGCCUGAUAUACUUGUCAAAUUUCCCCUCUUGCAGAGUUUUAAAGCCAGAAUAAGCAAUAUCCCCACAAUAAAGAAAUUCCUGCAGCCUGGCAGCCAGAGGAAACCACCACUACAAGAAAAAGAUGUACCAAAACUGAUGAAAAUUUUCCACUGAGCAGCAACCAAAACCCACAGAAACUCUAUUUCAUUGUCUUUGUGUUUGCUGAUACUGGCAAAAUGAAAUUAAUUAAAGUAGCGAAAAAGUUUUCGAUCUCUCUUUCAUUAGCUACAGGGCUGGUUUUAGCCUACUGCAAACACUUCGAAGGUAAAUCUACAUGAGCAUACCAGCAAAUUAAAUAGUUCACUGCAUUAGGUGGUACACUGGACAACACAGGAUGUCUUAAAUUACUUGAGAGAAUACCUGAAAUAAAGUCUUACUACUGACACUCAAA